AUGGUCUACACCGAACGUACUGACAAGUGCCUGAGCAGCACCAACAAGGACAACCAAUCCAAGGGUCAGAACCAGUCCAAGUCCAACAGUGGAUCAGGAUCAGGUUCAGGAUCAGGAUCAGGAUCUUGGAGCAGUCAAGCCUCGAGUGCUGAAAAGUGGAAGUACAACAACAUGGUGAAAAACGAUCGCCAGCAGUUCAAUGGCAUGCAUUUCUCCUAAAUUUGAGGAAAAUGUCACCCUAAAAGAAAG